CAGAUGACGAGAAGUUCCUGUUCAAGCAUGAACUGAAGGUCGAACAGACCAAGGCCUUCUCUCGACAAAACGCUCGCGAUAUCAUCGCUUCGGGUGUCAAUCUCGAAAAGACGUUCAUAUUCAGUAACUAUGGCUUCCUUGGUGGUCCAUUCUACGAGAACGUUUCGAAGAUCUCAAGGCAGAUCAGCUACAACCAGGCCAAAGCCACAUUCGGCUUCAAUGACUCUGAUAACAUCGGUAAAAUACACUUCGCAGCAAUCCAGGCUGCCCCGUCGUUCUCCAACUCUUUCCCGCAAAUCUUUGGCACUGUAUCGAACAUUCCGUGCCUCAUUCCUUGCGCCAUCGACCAAGACCCAUACUUCCGCCUCACCCGUGAUGUUGCGCAGAAACUCAAGUAUCCGAAACCGGCUCUUCUCCACUCGAAAUUCUUCCCUGCACUGCAAGGCCCGCAGACGAAGAUGAGCGCAAGUGACCCGAACAGCGGCAUUUUCAUGACGGACAAGCCCUCUCAGAUCAAAAACAAGGUCAACAAACAUGGGUUCUCUGGUGGCCAAGAGACAGAAGAAGAGCACAGACGUUUGGGGGGAAACACCGAUGUCGAUGUUGCUUACCAGUAUCUCACUUUCUUCCUCGAUGACGACGAAGAAUUGGAGAGGAUUGGUGUCGAAUACCGCGCUGGCCGAAUGUUGACUGGGCAGCUGAAGGCUCGUUGCAUAGAACUUUUACAAAAGUUCAUCACCGACUUCCAAGAGCGCAAAGCGAAGGUCACAGACUCCAUGAUAGAUGCAUUCAUGGAUCCUGCUCGGAAAAUCGACCCAACGCUCAAGCCUCGGACAUCGACCGUGUAAAAUCUAUAUCUAUCCACUGUACCCGAGGACACCAAUGAAAAGUGAGAUGUCAUGUAGACUCCAACGGUUCACCGUGGCCGCCAGUCGACUUUAACGACCAAUCAAAUAGACCGUCCUCAGCAUCUCUCUUCCAGCUGUCUAGUGCGGCAACAGCAGCUUUCCCCCAAUCGAAGCCUUCAUGUUCAGCGUGCGAUUGUGGCCCAUCCACGAAAACGAGCAGACUUCUAGAUUCUGGCUUGAUGAAUCCAUACUUGAUCCCGUUAUUCACGAGCUGGCGCAAUGGCUCAUAGAAAGAAAGGACGUUUAUGAGCACCACAGCUGUCAACUUCGGUCAGGACCUGGACAGGUCAGACGAAUGCGGCGCGAAGCGGACGUUUGUUGUGGAUGCCCAAUUGCGUCCAGGUUGUCACUUCCAAGACCUCCUCGAAUGUGCCGAACCCUCCAGGAAGACCAAAGAAGCCGCAAGAUUUCUUGGCCAUCUCUACCUUCCUCUCAUGCAUAGAGCCAACAACGAUAUGUUCGAUCUAAGAGCUUAUAGGAUCAGUCAACGCAGGAAGACGAGAGUGUAAGAAUGAUGCACAUUCUCUCUGCCGGUCUCGACCAACGCUACAGUCUUCCGUUCAUCCGAUCCUACUUUCUCCUGUUCUCCGCCAGCAUGAACCAUCGCGUAUGGUACAAUUCCAGUGACUUUACCGCCGCGAUCCAACACGGCGCCAGAAACGAUACCCAUAAUCCCUUUAGAUCCACCUCCGUAGACUAGAGCGCGGCCAGACUCCGCAAUCGCACGUCCUAGAGCUAUUCGUGCCGCAUGUCAGUCGGUAUGAGGGAAUGCGUGAUUGAUGGAAACACCGACGGACAGAUCGCCGCCGAACUGAACGCCUUCUCUGUGCCGGGAGAAGAUCCACAGUACACUGCAACCGCAUUUGGAGGCGAGCUCAUUUCGAUUAUAAGGUUGGCGGUGGUUCAAGUCGACGAGUCACAAAAGUUGUUUGCCAAUGAUAUUGAGCAAUAGGUAUGAUGAGUCAAAGUCUACAGUCAUAGGUGAAGGGACAUCCACACAUCACAUCAUACAUACGCAUGAGUAGCAGACGUUACACGCUAGUACAUGGUUGGAGACGACGGCUACUUACAACGCGUAUAGUCGGGAUAAUGAUAAUCGAGAACAGCGCUGCAGAGUAUGGCAAGACAAAAAAGAAAAGCGUCGGAAAUACUGGCGAUGUAGGAACAACAAUAAAUGACACUGAACGCGCGUCAUGCUCGCGGGGCGUUCCCUGCAAAAGGGAAGGAUGAAAAAGGGAGAGACUAGAAUAGAGAGGGCAUAAAAGCACGGUAAUGGAGUCCCAGACGCUCUAGAUUCCACAGAGUACCAAUGAUAGAUAUUCGUUUUCAAGUUGAUGUAGCAGCUGAGUAGCAGCCUAGAUCAGGCCGGAAAGAGGCGAAGUGUCGAGUGGACGUGCAGAAAGAAACAGAGAUAGAGUGUAUGAUACAAGGGGAAAUUGCACUAAGAACGUGAUACGGAGCGAGCCAUUCUGAAUCUCGACCCAAAGGCGGACGCGUGAAGCAAGAAAGGGUUUGGAGGAAUGAGGAGCUUGUUUGUGGUGAUUGAUUUCAGACGGUGAUCCCAUUCGAUACGCAGCUUCGCGCAGUCCUCAUAACCACCUUUGCAUCCUCCUCCAUCAAUCACUUUAGAUCUACAUGGCGACUGGAGCCACUGGACUCGGUGUCGAGAUAGUUGCGACUAUCAACAAACUCCAAGACGUCUUCACCACUGUUGGGUCCACGCAGAUAGACCUUCCUCAGAUAUGCGUGCUCGGCAGUCAGAGUAGUGGGAAGAGUAGUGUCCUAGAGAACAUCGUUGGUAGAGAUUUCCUGCCUCGUGGUGGAGGCAUUGUGACGCGGCGACCACUCGUGCUUCAAUUGAUUAACAGGCCAGCCACUCCCUCGGCUCCCAAUGGCGUGGAGAAGAGUGGAGACAAGAUGGCGAACGCAGAUGAAUGGGGCGAGUUCCUCCAUCUUCCAGGCGAGAAAUUCUACGACUUCACGAAAAUCCGGGAUGAAAUUGUACGCGACACGGAAGCGAAGACUGGGCGCAACGCUGGCAUUUCACCCGUCCCCAUCAACCUGCGCAUAUUCUCCCCAAACGUCCUCACCCUCACUCUGGUCGAUCUGCCUGGUUUAACCAAGGUUCCCGUCGGAGACCAGCCUCGAGAUAUCGAAAAACAGAUUCGUGACAUGCUCUUCAAAUACAUCUCGAAGCCGUCAUGUAUCAUCCUGGCUGUUACUCCUGCUAAUCAGGAUUUGGCGAACUCCGAGGGUUUAAAGAUGGCUCGAGAGGUUGAUCCCGAUGGUACUCGCACAAUCGGUGUCCUCACGAAGGUGGAUCUCAUGGAUGCUGGUACCGAUGUCGUCGAAAUUCUAGCUGGUCGUGUCAUCAAUCUGCGACUUGGCUAUGUCCCUGUAAUCCUCAAAGUGCAUGUCCGCAACACACUGCCGGAUAUCAAAGCCCGUAUCACUCAGCAGCUACAGAAGUCCAACGCUGAGCUACAUUCGCUUGGUGGGCCUCUGGGUGAUAACAACGCCAGCGUUGUAUUGGCCGUGAUCACCGAGUUUGCAUCUGCCUUCCAGACCGUCAUCGAUGGCAACUCAAACGACAUGUCUUUGAACGAGUUGUCCGGUGGAGCACGAAUCAGCUUCGUCUUCCAUGAGCUGUAUAACAAUGGGAUCAGGAAUAUCGAUCCCUUCGACGAGGUCAAGGACGGUGAUAUUCGACUGCGCCUGUAUAACACUUCGGGUAUGACCCCAGCCCUCUUCGUAGGCACAGCCGCUUUCGACACGAUUAUCAAGCAGCAGAUUAUGCGUCUGGAGGAGCCCAGUCAAAAGUGUUGUACUCUAGUAUACGAUGAGCUCAUUCGUAUAUUGGGGCAGCUUUUGGCCAAAAUUCAAGCAUUCCGUCGUUACCCUGCGCUCAGGGAGAGGUUCAAUUCUGUGGUUGUCAGCUUUUUCAAAGCCGCCAUGGGCCCGACAACGAAGCUGGUCACAGACAUGGUUUCGAUGCAAGCAUGCUAUUUGAAUACCACCCACCCCGACUUUAUCAACGGCCAUCAGGCUCUCCAAAUUGUCACUGAUCGAUUGAACGCCAGCAAACCCCCGCCUCCCUCAGCUGACCCCAAAAGCGGCAAGCUGGCUCCUGGUCAAAUCAAUAACAACCGGGACUUGGAUGUUGACGCCAAGAAAGAGGAUCCUGGCUUCUUCGGCUCGUUCUUCUCUCCCAAGGGAAAGGCGCCAGCCAAGAAGGGUGCAUCGACGAUGGACAUGCCGCCUGCUGUCAUCAAGCCUCAGGCUGCCCUCAGCGAGCGCGAGACGAUGGAGACCGAGGUCAUCAAAUUGCUCAUCAACUCGUACUUCAACAUCGUGAAGAGGGAAAUGAUCGACAUGGUCCCGAAAGCUAUCUCGCUUACGCUGGUAUCUCACGCGACCAAGAACCUCCAGCGCGAGCUGCUGCAGGAGCUGUACAAGCCGGAGGUGCUCGACGAAUUACUCAAGGAGAGCGAGCAUGUUGUGGCCCGUCGUAAGGAGUUGGUGACGCUGGUCGCCGCCCUUAACAAGGCCGAGGAGUUCGUUCACUGCUCUUGUCCUCAUUUCUUUGCUCAUGGCCGCUUCCAGGAUUGUUGCUGGUGUUUAGAUCGAGUAAUAUUGGCGGAUAGUAGUGGCCUUUCCGUGGAAUUAGCGUACAGUCUCGACUUCAAUCUUACACUGGCCCUAUAUAUUAUACCUUCUAGCGCUGAUUGGAGCUGA